AUGUCCCCAACUGGAAACUACUUAAACGCUAUUACAAACCGUCGUACCAUCUACAAUUUGAAGCCCGAAUUACCACAAGGUGUCGGUUUGGAUGAUGUAAAGAGAACUGUACACGUUAUUCUCAAGAAUACGCCAACAGCUUUUAACUCACAAGUGAAUCGCGCUGUCAUUAUCGUUGGUGAUACACACAAAAGGAUAUGGGAUGCUGUUGCGAGCGCAAUGCCAACUGCUGAAGCCAAGAAGAGACCAGAGUCUUGCAGAGAUGAGGCUUACGGUUCAGUCAUUUUCUUCACUGAUGAAGGACCAACUGAAAAACUGCAAAGAGAUUUUCCAGCCUUGGCAGCCGCUUUCCCAACAUGCGCCGCUCAUACGACCGGUGCUGUGCAAAUUCAGUCUUGGACUGCCCUCGAACUAUUGGGAUUGGGGGCUAAUUUGCAACACUAUAAUGACUACGUCAAAUCUGCUUUGCCUCAAGAUGUUCCUAUUGCGUGGACUGUACAAUCUCAAUUGGUCUUUGGUGUUCCAACUGCCUUGCCAGAAGAAAAGACUUUUAUCAAUAACGUAAUCAACGUUUAUCACUGA